UCAUGGACUGAGAAGGGGGAGAGGACGUUCAGAAAUGAAAAGUGGCUUCUCACAUGAGAAUUCCGUGGCUGAUUGUCACGGGGGCAUCUUCGGCUGUGAUACUUGGGGCGAGGCGAGCUGCUCCCAAUAGGAGACUCGUCAGCGUGUGAGGAGGAGAAGCUGGGGCUGAGCCGGGAGCGAAAGCAACUGGUGUGAGUGACCUGCAGGAAGAAGGCAAAAAUGCCAUCAACUUGCCGAUGUCCCCUGCCUCGGUGGAGAUUCACCCUGAAGACACCCUGCUCGAGGAGAACGAGGAACGCAGGGUGAUCGACCCCACCUCCAGGGACGACCCCAGAUUCAAGGAGCUGGUCAAGGUUCUCAUCGACUGGAUCAAUGACGUUCUGGUGGAGGAGCGGAUCAUCGUGAAGCAGCUGGAGGAGGACCUGUAUGAUGGGCAGGUGCUGCAGAAGCUCCUGGAGAAACUGGCAGACCGCAAGCUGAAUGUGGCUGAGGUGACGCAGUCCGAGAUAGGACAGAAGCAGAAGCUGCAGACGGUGCUGGAGGCAGUGCACGAGCUGCUGCGGCCCCACGGCUGGGCGCUCCAGUGGAGCGUGGACUCAAUUCACGGGAAGAACCUGGUGGCCAUCCUCCACCUCCUCGUGGCCCUGGCCAUGCAUUUCCGGGCCCCGAUCCGCCUUCCUGAACACGUCUCCGUGCAAGUGGUGGUCGUGCGGAAGCGGGAAGGCCUGCUGCACUCCAGCCACAUCACGGAGGAGCUGACCACGACCACGGAGAUGAUGAUGGGUCGGUUUGAGCGGGAUGCCUUCGACACGCUCUUCGACCAUGCCCCUGACAAGCUCAGCGUGGUGAAAAAGUCUCUCAUCACGUUCGUGAACAAGCACUUGAACAAGCUGAAUUUGGAGGUGACGGAACUAGAGACCCAGUUUGCAGAUGGCGUGUACCUAGUUCUGCUCAUGGGUCUUCUGGAAGACUACUUUGUGCCCCUGCACCACUUCUACCUGACGCCGGACAGCUUCGAUCAGAAGGUGCAUAACGUGUCGUUUGCCUUUGAGCUGAUGCUGGACGGGGGACUUAAGAAACCCAAGGCUCGCCCUGAAGAUGUGGUGAACCUGGACCUCAAAUCCACCCUGAGGGUCCUUUACAACCUGUUCACCAAGUACAAGAACCUGGAGUGACGGCGGGGAGCAGCAGAGACCACGGCGGGGACAGUCCCGAGUGUUGCGUCUCCCAGGCAGGGCUCCGGCCUCCCCUCCCGGCCCCUGGCUGUGCCCUGCCCCCACCCCCCUGGUUUUGGUGGCUGCUCUUUACCUCCUUUCUGUGUAAUUCCGCAGCGGGCGGGACCCUUUGAAAUGCAGGUUGUAAACACCAGUGCUCGUGUCUGUGGCCUCGCUUCAGCUGGAUGCCACGGGGGUGCUGAGUCCCUCUUGUCCACCUUGAUCAAAGAUGAAAAAAAGCCGGAACCCCAGCCCUCAGCCCCGGGGCGGGGGUGCCCUGCCUUCCAGCUGACAGCGGUCUGUGGUCACAGGGGAUCUGAAAGGCACCGUCAGCUCUGCCAGGCAGGUGACGGCCUGUCUGUUCCGGGGAAGCCUCCUGGGUGGGGCUCUCCUCCGAAGCGAGGCCUUUUUUAGUAAACAGUGUUUUACAGUUUUAAAAACUUCCCUCUAAAGUCUCAGGAGCUUUACUUUCGAGCGGAGCCUCCGCCCCCACGUCCCUCCUUCCCGACCACUCAGUGCUGUGCUCACUCUGCUUUUGCGCAGACACCUGGGGCCCAGAGGACCCGGCCACAGUCCGCGGGAGGAAGGGUUUCUGAGGCAUUUUUUUAUUUCUUGCCAUGGCUGAGAGGGAGCUGGGCCUGAAAUACAGCCCGAGACAGCUCCCGUGGGGAGUUUCUGAUCUCCGAGGCCCUGUUUGGGGAUGGAUGCAUUCUUUAAAACUUUUAAAAAGCAGAGUGUGUUAGUCUGGUCAGGAUGCCAUAACAAAGAGCCAUAGACCAGGCACUUAGACCACAGACAUUGAUUCUCUCAUAGUCUGGAGGCUCGAAGUUCGAGGUCAGGGUGUCAGCAGAGUUGGUUCCUUCUGAGCCUCUCUCCUGGGCUCGUCCCAGCAUCUUUCCAUGUCUCCCCUAGGUGUGUGUCUGUGUCCUAGUCUCUUCUUAUAACUCACCAGGCAGAUGGGAUGAGGGUCCACCCCAGGGACCUCAUGUUACCUGAAUUACCUCUGUAAAGACCCUGUCCCCAAAUACAGUCACGUUCUGGAGUCCUGGGGGCUGGGACUUCAACAUGUGGAUGCUGGGAGGGACACAGCUCAGCCGAAACAGGGGGCAGGAAGCGCUCAUCUCACUCCUUGCUCCCGACCUGGCUUUCCGGAGCCCUGCUGGCCCCCUCGAGCUCCCCGUCAGAGGAAAUGCAGUUCCUCAUGUCUGUGCUGUCCACCCCUCGCCCCCCGCGGCUCAGGGGAGAAACGAGGACCUGUUGUCUGGGUCACCCCCAACCCCGCCCAGCUCCCCGGGUGUAUGUGUGGGGUGUGUGGUGCGCCAACCCCACCCCACCCCCGCCGCCGCCCUGUGCUGAGUGACCUCAGCGUUCGCUGUCCCGGAGAGAUUGGCCUCUCUUCUCUCUGAUUUUCACCUUCCUGCUAUAGAUCAGAGCUGCCGAGUAAGUUGUUAAUAUUAAAUUGAAUACCAACGCCCAGACUUAGAAAACAGUUUAACAUUCUGUCUCGGCUCAGGCUGCUGCCGGGCCAGGGAUGGGUUCUGAAUCGCCGUCUUGAUGGAAGUGGUUACACAGCAGGGGAAAGAGAUAAUUAAAAUGGCAUUAUGGUGUCUCCAGCGGGAUGCAGUGACAUUAAAGAAGCACGGUGACAAGA